AUGGAAGAACUAAAAGAUAAAAGUUUACAUUUAACAGCUGAAAAACUAGCUGAAGAACUUCAAAAAAUGGACAUAUAUAAUGAAUUUUACGAAGACUUGCAGAUGUUAGCUGCUUCUCAAGACGUAUCCAUAGACGACUUUAAAAAGACCCUAGUUCAAGCAGUGAACUUAGGGAGCAUGGAAACUAAUCUGAGAAACGCGGUAUUCCAUUGGUUGAGAAGUCAUGGAAAUAAUAAACAAAUUGUGGUUAGAGACGAAAUAACGAGUAGAGAAUCAUUAGAUUAUUUGAGAAAAGCUCAAAUAACGUGGGAAAGAAGAAUACAGAAAUCAUUAGAAUCUAUGUGCGAGGAAAUAGGUAUAAAUCUAUCUUGUCUUAGGUCCAGUGCUGAUCGAGAUGAAAUGUUACAAAAAUGGAACGAACUCAGUACAUAUAAUACGAGUUUAGAAAGACUGAGACCGGUGUAUGCACCGAAAGAUUUUUUAGAAGUGUUAUUUUCAUUACAUAAUCCUAAUUACCGAAUGAUAUCUGAUGAUAUGAUAUGGGAUUUUACGUAUUUGCCACUGAAAGUUAAGACACUACAAGAACUUAAACAUCAUUACAGGGAUUUGGCCACUGCCGAUUUGCUGUUAGGCUUAACGUGUUGUCAAUGUCUGACGACGCUGUCGAGCGGAUCGACAUCACAAGGAGAGCAAGAACGAAUCACUUUGGGCGAAAAAGUUCUACAGCAUCAGCAUGCGCCAGUGUGUCAAGAGUUUCUAAAAUUAGGCGCACCGCGAAGUCUCCGAGGCAAGCUCUGGGCACAGAUUCUAGGAUCCAGUGUGAAGUCUUCGGAACAACAUUACUCGGAAUUAAAACAACGGGUGUUGCACUAUGAUAUGCUGAUCGACAAAUUAAUCACGAAAGACGUUCAACUAACAGCGUGCAACGAUGACCAAUAUUUCGUGUUUGAAGACGUCUUACAUCAGAUAAUGUUGUGUUUUACUCGCGAUACUGAYGUGUUGUCAGUGUUCAACAACUCGACCAGCCAUCCUAUACUCACGUCAUUGAAGGGCAAACCACCUAUGGAGGCAAUAUAUCCUCCCAACGGCAUUAUACCUUUUCAUGGUUUUACAAUGUAUGGUAAGGACUAUCUAAGAACAAUCAAUGAUCAUCUGCAAUCAUCGUAG